AUGGUUCUUAAAUCCACUUCAGCAGGAAAUGUUUCAAUAUAUCAAGUUUCGGGAUCUAAUGUCUCCCGAUCUUUACCAGAUUGGAUUGCAAAGAAACGUAAGAAGGCACUUAAACAGGAUAUAGACUACUCCAAUCGUAUUGAAUUAAUACAAGAUUUUGAGUUUAGCGAAGCAUCGAAUAAGAUAAAAGUAUCACCAGAUGGACAAUACUGUAUGGCUACUGGGACGUAUAAACCUCAGAUCCAUGUUUACGACUUUGCCAACUUGUCACUAAAGUUUGAGCGUCAUACGGACUGCGAGAAUGUUGAUUUCGUUAUAUUAAGUCAAGAUUGGACCAAGUCUGUGCAUUUACAAGUAGACAGAAGUAUCGAGUUUCAAGGAAAAGGUGGGUUUUACUAUAAAACGAGAAUUCCCCGUUUUGGAAGAAGUUUGUGUUACAAUGAGGUAAGCUGCGAUUUGCUAGUAGGAGCACUGGGGAACGAUUUGUAUCGCUUGAACUUAGAGCAAGGAAGAUUUUUGAAUCCGUUUCGAUUAGACACUGAGUUGGGUGUCAACUCAGUGACUAUAAACAAAGUACAUGGGCUAAUAUCUGCCGGUUUGGAGGAUGGGGCUGUGGAAUUUUGGGAUCCAAGGUCAAAAUCAAGAGCUGGGAAACUAUGGAUUGAUGAGCAAUUAAACGAGCUGGGUAUACAGGUAUCAUCAGUCAGUUUUCGCCAAGAUGGGCUUAAUUUUGCUUGUGGUACAUCAAGUGGAAAAACUUUACUAUAUGAUCUCAGGGCGAACCAACCUUUGUUAGUCAAGGAUCAAGGGUACGACUAUGACAUUAGGAAUAUUAUUUGGCUAGAAAAUACUUUAAAUCCAAACGCUAUUUUGACUAGCGAUAAGCGUAUUGCAAAAAUAUGGGAUCGAAAUACGGGAAAGCCGUUUGCAUCGAUGGAGCCAAGCGUGGAUAUCAAUGAUGUAUGCCACGUUUCAAAUUCGGGUAUGUUUUUUAUGGCCAAUGAGGGAAUGCCAAUGCAUACAUACUAUAUACCGAACUUGGGUCCGGCGCCAGCUUGGUGUUCCUUUUUGGAUAACGUAACUGAAGAGUUGGAAGAAAAGCCAUCGAAUACAAUAUAUUCAAACUAUAAGUUUAUCACAAGAGACGAUGUCAAGAAACUAAGCUUGAGCCAUUUGAUUGGAUCGAAAGUGUUGCGGUCAUACAUGCAUGGUUUUUUCAUUGAUACCGAGUUGUAUGAAAAAGUUAAUCUCAUUGCCAAUCCUAAUUCUUUGCGUGACCAACGAGAACGUGACAUUAAAAGAAAGAUUGAAAAGGAGAGAGAAUCUAGAAUUAGGAGUACUGGUGCUGUUACAAACACCAAGAUCAAGGUCAAUAAAGAAUUGGCUUCUCGACUCCAAGACAAGGUUGGAGGAGAUAUGGCUGAAAGCGUUAUUAACGAUGAUAGAUUUAAGGAAAUGUUUGAGAAUCCCGAAUUCCAAGUUAAUGAAGAAUCUCAUGAGUAUAAACAAUUGAAUCCUGUUAAAUCCGCUGAAAAAGAUGUUACUAGAUCGAGAGGAUUAACAGCGGCAGAGGAAUCAGAUGAAGAGAAAUUUAAUAAUACCAACGGCAAUACGUAUCAUGGCUCUCAAGAUGAAGAAGAAGAAGAAGAAGAAGAUGAUGAUGACAGUGACAGUGAUGAAGAGGAGAGCGAGGAUGAGCAAAUUGUCAAGGCAAAUAAAGCGAAAGUAGAUAAACAGCUCGCCAAGUUGCGUCAAAAGAAAGAAGAAGAGAAGAGGUUUCAAAAUGAGAUGAAAGCGUUGGCCAAGGAAACACCAAAACAAUCCUUACAGGCUAAAGAGUCGUUUGCUUCGCAAGUGAAGAAGCUACAACACAAAGUAGUGAAACCGAGAGAUGAUUCUAGGUUACAGAGACAUGCUCGAGGUGAAGCUGAGCUUACGUUUAUCCCCAAAAAGAAGGAAAAGAAGUUUAAACCAAGCACAAACUACAACGACAAUGUUGACGGGUCAGGUGGUGAUAAAGGCCGGUCGAAACAACGAUUCAGUGGCCGUAGAAUUGCUUCAAAGAAUCAAUUCCGCGACAGCAAAAGAAAGAAGCCGGUGUUAUUGAAACAAAUCCUCAACUUCGCCCCAGUUGUAGGAGAAAUAUCAUCGAAGUUGACGCAAAUCAACGAUGCUACUUUGAAUGAUGUGCGGAUUCGGGAGUUGAAUGAUGAGUUGAACAAGUUGUUCAAGGAUAAGCGAAGUUGGGAGUAUCACAUAAGGGAGCUUGGCGGUAACGAUUAUAUCCAUACAGGUAGAGAUAUGAUCAAUACUGGAGUCGAUGUUGCAGGAUGGAGAUAUUUUGGUAGAGCAAAAGAAUUACCAGAUGUUAAGGAAAUGAUUGAACUGAAAAAGAAGCAAGAGAAGCAAAAAGGAGGAAGGAAAGGAUUUGUGUCUAAGGAAACAGCACUAAGUAUACGGAAGAAAAAACUCGAUGAUUUUUACUACGGCAAGGAAGAUGAUAAAGAGCUUGUUGAGUUUGAGCAAAUACGAAGUAAAGAAAUGGCAACUCAAACUGAAGCAUCUUCUAGCCAAACUGAAAUUGAGGUAGAAGACGCCAACCAAACACAAGUCAAAUUAGAAGAGUUACCAACGAAUGAACAAGUUUCUAAAUGGUUAGUUGACAAAAAGAGGAAACAGCUUAUGAGUAGAUUAGGAUUAUAA